UGUCCCUCCCGAAUGUAGUGCGGCCGGCCGAGCGUGGCUCCCGAUGCUGACAAACAGCACUACCAGUUUGGACUGUAAUACAGCACAAGCUGCAUCCAGUAGAGGCCAAAAAGAGAGUUGGUUUCGAAUGAGGGAGAGGGCGAUCGCUACUGUACUAUAGCAAUGGCGGAUUCCCCAAGACGGACAAGCAGAAGCAGCCCUCCAAUGAAAUUGAAGAAGAAGCGGACCGAGUGCUUGUACUCUUUUGGAAGCUGCCGCCUCCUCCCAUGGCGCUACUGCUUCUCCCCUGAAAUUGAAAAACAGAGCCAAAUCAAAAGCGACUUUGUGUUUGUGGGUUUCGUCGUCUCUAAUUCCUUCUUUCUUGAUUGCUUUCUCGUAGCACCAGGACCAGGCACAUGAGGGGGCCUCCCUCCAGCUCUAGUGACCAACAGUGUUCAGCCCGACACUUUUGACAAUUUCUACUAACUGUGGGCUGCCCCUUCUUUGUAUCACUUAUCAGCACUUGUUUGGAUGAAACUGCAGAUUUUAAGCCAGAAUCCGUGAAUCCACCUCCUCCGUUGAUUCAAAUCAAAUGGUGGUUUUCUUAUUCAAACUUCAUAGCUUCAUAUUCAAAGUCAAUUUUUACUUGACUGGGAUUUCUUGAACCUGGUUUAGUGCUGUCACUUUCUUGAUUGCCUCCGUGUCUCCAGAAAGGGGAGGCCUACCAACAGCGUAAGAUUACUGAAAUCAUAUGCCCGGGCACGAGAUAACAAAUUCUUUGAUGGUAUGAGAAGAGGCAAUGCAGCUGUGAUGGACAGGAUCACUUCACCUGAAUUUGAAGAAAAAUUUACCACUGGAAAUAUUUCUCGAUCAGCAUCAGAUGUUAUUGUUACAGAUAUAUCUGAGAAAUAUUCACCUGCUGACAUUGUUGCAGAACCCCAUCUUCGAUCUCUAUCUGAGAGAUGGACAAACAUAUACGAAAAUGCAUCAUUUCCAUCCCCAAGUUUUCUGUUAGAUUUGAGCACUGACUCUGGGGAAGGGAAAGGGUUAAUACAAAGGUCCAGUUCUACAACUAGUCAAACAACUGAAGAAUGCCAAAUUUUAACUGUUCUGACAAGGCCAGUGAUUGAAAGAACAUAUAGCAUGAACAAGAGACCAACAAAUCUUUCCAGAGUUCCUCUUCCUCCAUCUGCUGCUUCAUUCUAUAAUGGGCACUCUCCCCAGAUAGAAAUUGUGGAAACAUGCGAAAGCAUCAGCCGGCUAAAUCUAUAUCUUAAAGAAAGAAGGGAUGAUGUUAAUGCAGGGGUUCCAGGAAAAUUCCUGCACGCUGUUAUGGGGCAGGAUCUCACUGAUAUUGGAUCUGUUGCUUCAACCAUUAUGUAUGCCUUCUAUUUGAAUGAAACAUUAAGAAGCAGCCAGUUUUGCACUAUUCCUGUCAUUAACAUGAAGAGGGCUGAUCUGAGCUCUCAUGUUGAACUCAAAUGGUUAUUGGAUUCUUGUGAUAUUGAUCAGUCAUCAUUGGUUUUUGUUGAUGAGAUUGACUUGUCAUAUUAUGAUCUGUUUGGGAGUCUUAAGCUAGUCUUGCUAAAUGGUGAUAGGCUUCCGGCCAAACAAGAGGCAUUAAAUGAAGCAUUGGUUGAAAUCUUCAAUUGCAGAAAGGGUAAUCCUGCAUAUGCUUGGGUUCAAGCUACUACUGUGGGACAGGACUGCUCAUGCUGUACACCUAUUGCUGAAAAGUUUGCUCUGACUUCACCAGAGAUAUUGGCAGGGAAAGGAUUUAGCCGACUUCUGUUAGCUGGCAUCCUGUUGGAUACUGGAAAUUUAACUAGCACUCAGUGUACCUCCAAAGAUAAGUACAUGGCUACAUUGCUGAUUAAUGGGGCUGGUCGAUUUGGAUUGAAUGGUCUAUACCAGAUUCUGCGGCACAAAAUGUAUGAUGUAUCCCACCUUAAAGUUGGAGAUAUUUUGCGGAAGGAUUUCAAGAAGUGGACAAGAGUAGGUAAAGCAGAUGGUAGUGGUUCAAGAUUGAUGGUGGCACAUAUGGGAAUGAGUUCUAUUGGCAUUUCAAUUUCACAACUUUUGGCUCAUGAAGAUACCUCAGUACGGGAAAUCAUCCAUUUCCAGCAACUUGAGAAACUCCGGCUGCUUAUGGUUGUUGCUGGUUAUUACGAUCUUCAGAAGAACUUCAAGAGAGAGCUCUUAGUUUCUACUGAAUCUGCUGAGCUUCUGAAAAAUCUGCUAAGCUUCUUCAAUUCAAAUUCUUCACAAUUGCCGCUUAAGGCUCAAAACAUACCAGGCCUAAGAGACCAGAUGAGAGCAUUCGAGAUCGAUAAGGUUUCAUCAAGGAAGGCCAUUGAGAGGCUCUUGGAAGAAUUUGGUGGAACGGCGAAAUGAUCAUAACAAGGAAAAUACUUGAAGCAAGAAUAUUAGCACCAGUACUUUGCUUCAAUGUGCAUGGAUCUUCGCAACUGUAGCUGGUGGAGUAAGGAGAAGAAAUAUGUUAAUUUGGCUGCACUUGGAAGUCUAUAAUUUAUCUUUCAGGCAACACAAAACUGAAGCAGAAAUAUUUGGAUUCUCUUAGCUCCUUUAUAUUGGUUUCUUUGGGCUUUCAUGUUGGUCUAUGCGUGCAUAACCUACUACUGAAUGAUUGUUAGAGUGAUUACACACACAACACUCGGUUUUGGCAAACUGUUGGAACACUGUUAGAGCUAUCACCUUGAAACAUACAUCAGUGACGAGCAAUAAUGGGAUUUUGAUAUUGAAACAGAAUGUUCAUGAAAAUGGUUGUAUACAGUUUUCCUUGGCCAUGGUGAAGAUGCCCUCUGCCUGUUGUAAAGUCUCCCUAUUCUUGGGAGAAAUUACAGUGUUUUCGAGUCACCGUAUCAGCAAAUAAAAUUGGUAUUCUAAACAAAUUACAUAUCGUCACGGGUUUAACAUUAUCCCAAGCGACUGUGUGUGUUUGGUUGGGGUACCAAUUUUAUUAGUAAA